GCUAAAGCCCAGUGAAAAAAAAGUAUGAAACAGUAAUCUCUUGUCAGCUUGUCGCUCCGCAACCUCUCCGGUUUCCCCGUCCAGCUCACCGCCGCCAUCGCCGGCGCCCAUGGCGGCCUCACCAGGGACAGCCGAACCGCUAGAGAGCUCAACAACGGAGCAUCCUGGGGCGGUCCAGCUGCCUCCACUACCGAUCGAUGAGGCGGAACCGUCGCCGCCUCUUCUAGGGGCGGCGGCUGCACAUGAAGCGAUCUCUCCGAGGAAGUCCGCUUCCCCUUCGCCGCUUCCGGCGAACAUGGCGGUUGAAGUUUCUCCCGAGGUGGAGGCCUCGUCCUCGUCCCCGUCGCCGUCGCCUUCUCCCUCUCAAUCUCCCCAAAUCGUGGAGGCGUCGCCGGGUGCGCCAAAGCCGCUGUCCCCUCCACGUACUGCUCCGGCUGCUGCCGAGCGUGCUUCGACGGACCUCUCCAUUACAGAGGCGGUGGCAAUGGCGUCCCAGGAAGGCGCUCGGCCAUCCCCGUCUCCCGAAUCUAUGGACGCGCACUUGCACACUGCGUCCGCGCCGCUGACGCCGCCGAUGGAGAUUGGGCCGGGAGGGUUGUUGCCGCAGCAGCAGCCGCAACCACCAUCCCCGGAAAUGGCCCCUCCACUAUGUGAUUAUUCAGAGCCUGCACAGCCAUCGCCGCUGUGUCAUCCGGAUGAAUGCACAGGGGCCUCGCCAGACGCACCGGUGGAUGAGGUUGUGGCAGGAACGUCAGGAAAAGCAGCUAGGCCGUCACCAUGUGAAAAUUCGGAGUUCGCACAGUUACCGCAGCCGCAUCUUCCAGCUGAAAGCACAUAUGUCUGUUCAAAUGCAGCGGGCAAGGUAUCAGCAGUGGCUUCAGAAGAUGGUACUCAGCCUGCGAUGGAGUCAAUUGAUAGCGAGGGGCCAUUAGAGAUUGGGGUACAGAGAUCAUUGCAGGAGCCAGAGGAGACAACAACGCCCUCCAGGAUGGAAGCUGAGCCUUGUUCGCCAGAGAUGGCUCCUCCAGGGUUUGAAGAUUGUAAGUCUCAAUGGCUGCCACUGUCAGAUCCUAAUCCUCUGGUUGAAUCCACACACACUGUGGUACAAGUGACUGCCACCAAUGCCAUGGACACGACGCCAGAUACAGCAACUGGGUCACUGUCACCUGGCCUACUUCCGCUGUUGAAGAGAGGGGCAGAGGGGCAACAUCCAAGAUCAUGCUCUCCCACAACAGAAGCUGAACCAGGUUCACCAGAUAUGCCACCUCCAGGCUUUGAGAAUUGUAAGUCAUCAUGGCUACCGUUACCGACCCUUCAACCCGUAGCUGAAACCACAUACGUGUCACAUGAUGUGGCUCCCACCAAGACAAUGGCAGUGGGAUUUAUGGAAAAGGCAUGCUCAGUGGUGGCAUUGGAGCGAACAGAUGUGGAGAUAGACUCAGAGCGGAGCUUAUUGCCGCCAUUGGAGAGUGGAACUGGUAGUUCAUUGCAAGGGCCACUGCCAAGAUUACCUUCUCCCAUGAUGCGAGCCAUUCCCUGUUCACCUGAUACAGCACCUCCAGGGUUUGAAAAUUUAAAGUUCACACAGCUACCGCCUCCGUCUCUACCUCUGGUGCAGACUGCACAUGUACUGCAAAAUUCAGCUGAUAAUGAGGCCAUGUCUGUGAUAUCAGAGGAAGCUCCUCAGCCAUCGCCUGCAGUAGAUGCAAUGGAUUUAGACAUCAAUGCCAAACCUGUCCUGGCACUACCAUCGGAGAGUAAACCAGGGAAGUCAUUGCCACCGGAACCUACCCUUCUGCUAUCUCAUGUAGCACAGCAUACAACCUGUUCACUAGGGAUGGUGCUUUUAGGUUCUGAGAAUAUCAAGUCCUCGCAGAUGCUGCUACCAGCUCUGGUUCUUCCUCUUGAUCAGACUCCAGACAUCUUGGCUGACGCAGGGACCAAGAAGACAGUCACAAUUGAAGGAGUGUGUCAUCCGCCGCCUGUAGCAGGAGCGACGGAAGAAGCCAAUGGCUCUGUUCUUCCACCAGCAACGGAAAAUGGUUGUGAGGGCCAAUCACCACAGCUAGAGCCACAGGCUUCUUCCCCUGCAGUGGAUGCUGCAGCUACAUCACUGGAGAUAGCUCCUAGAAGUUUUGAGAAUUCGGAGUCCUCCCAGUUGAUCUCUCCUUGUUUAGCUGAGACAAUAGACCCCUCUACACAUGCAUCAGCUACAAUGCCUGUGCUUGUGAAGUCAGAGAAAACGAGUCUGCCACUAUCACCAUUACAAGCUACGGGCACAGACAUGGAAAGCACAAUCCUGCAGCAGUCGCCAUCGAAGAGUGAAGAGAGGUCAUUGGCAGAGCCAGAGCAACACCUGUCUUCUCCAUCUGUGAAGGGCACUACUUGUUCACCAGAGGUUGCACCCCCAGGUUAUGAAAAUUUUGACUCCUUGGAUCAGCCGCCGCCACCACCACCUCUUUGCUCGAAGUUUGAAAUUGGUCAAAUGGUAUGCGGAUGUUGUCGUCAGCUUGUUGCAUAUCCUAGGGGUGCUGUUCAUGUUCAGUGUUUUGGUUGCUCGACAAUAAACCUUGUACUGGAAGAACAUCAAGUUGGUAAGAUGUAUUGUGGACAAUGUGAUACACUGUUGAUGUAUCCUUUUGGAGCUCCUGCUGUUAAAUGUUCCAACUGUCUUUUUGUCACUGAAAUCGGAGAACGUAAUGUUCGGCCACGGAUAUUGAUGGAACAGAGUGUCUCACCUGAUCCGCAAGAGGUAGUCCACCAGAGCUAGGUGGCUUUAACAAAGGCUGGUGGUGGAACGAUGAUAGUGCCCGUAACUUCAGAAGCUGCCAUGGAAAACUCGCAAGACAUCCAGCAUGGAUGAUGGCGGAGCCUGUAGCUGUAACCUCAAAUGGCCUGUGGGCUGUGGAAGUGUGGAGUGGAUGGCUUCAGAUACAGUAGUUUAGGGAUGAAAAAGGCUGAUCUAGUAUGGCCAGGAUGAACUGUGAAGCGAAAAGAUUACAUCCUGCCGUAGCCUUAUCAUAGGGAAGAUGAACUGCUUAAGCUCGACUGUAAUCGGAGCAGGUUAAGCAUGGUUGACGGUACUGUUCUCAAGUGAUGCUCACUAUUUGCUGGGGACGAGCAGGGUGCUUGUGCUUCCGUGCACCGUGCUUGGGUUGGUCUACGAACCGUGGAACAACCCCACUUGCAUCUUUAGCAUUACAGCACAACCAUUGUGGCCCUUUGGAGGCAACGAGGCAAAAAAAAGGUACUUAUAUGAAGCUAGAAAUAUUUGAUAGUAUCGUUUUUUUUUCAAAAGGGGAAAUUGAUUAAAAAUAUAA